UCGCUCGCGUCUCCAUCCGGCCGGAGUUGAGGAGCAGCCUCCGACCCGUGCAAGAUGACCCCGCGGGCGCUGUUGCUGUGCGUGGCGUCCCUGUGGGCGCUGGCGGGGCGCCUCCCGGCGCACGCCGCAUACUACGGCCGCGAGCACUCGGCCAACACGGACAACCUCCUGCCCUCCGGCUUCCGCCCCAACAGCCGCAUCUUCUACGGGAUCAUGUUCGACGCCGGGAGCAGCGGCACCCGCAUCCACGUGUACACCUUCGUUCAGAAGGACCAAGCUGAGCUGCCGGUUUUGGAUAACGAGAUGUACCACGCCGUGAAGCCCGGUUUGUCCGCCUAUGCAGACAUGCCCGAGGAGGGAGGAAACACGAUAAGGCAGCUCCUGAAGGUGGCCAAGAAGACGGUGCCGCGCUUCGAGUGGAAGAACACCCCCGUCGUGCUGAAAGCCACCGCGGGCCUCCGGCUCCUUCCCGUGCACAAGGCCAGGGUGCUCCUGGACGAGGUCCAGGAGGUCUUCGACAAAUCCCCCUUUUUCAUACCCAGCAACAGCGUCAGCAUCAUGAACGGCACAAACGAAGGAAUCCUGGCGUGGGUGACGGUGAACUUCCUGACAGGCCACUUGUACGCCAGAACCAGGAAGACGGUGGGAAUCUUGGACCUGGGUGGAGGUUCAACCCAGAUUACCUUUCUCCCAAAAUCCAAGAAAACUUUUCAUUCCGCUCCCUCUGAUCACCUCGCCAGAUUGGACAUGUUCAACAGCACCUACGAGUUUUACACCCACAGCUACCUUGGGAAUGGGCUGUUCGCAGCUCGACUGGCAACCCUCGGGGCUUUGGGCGCCGACGGGCUGGACUGGAAGGUUUUCACGAGCUCUUGCCUUCCCAAGAAGUUCCGAGAGGACUGGACCUUCGGCGGCCUCACUUACAAAGUCAGCGGAAUUCCAGACGGCUACGCAGGCUACAAACUAUGCUACUAUGAAGUUUUGAGGGUCAUCAAGGGAAUUAUACACCAGCCAUACGAGGUGAAGGGCAGCAGCAUUUUCUACGCGUUCUCCUACUACUACGACAGAGCUGUGGAAUCCGGCCUCAUCGACGGCAGCCGAGGCGGCGUUGUAGAGGUGCGGGAUUUCAAGAAGCGAGCCAAAGAAGUGUGCAACAAGAUGACCAAGUACCGGCCCAUCAGCCCCUUCCUGUGCAUGGACAUGACAUACAUCACCUGCUUGUUAAAGGAGGGCUUCGGCUUCAAGGACAACACCGUCCUGCAGCUCACCAAGAAGGUGAACAAUGUAGAAACCAGCUGGGCCUUGGGGGCCAUGUUCGACUACUUCCACCACCUGAACAUCCGCUGAGUGCCAGCAGUGCAGACGCUGGCGAGGCAGUCAGAGAUGCGGGCCACCCCCGUUCGCAGACCGCCCCUCGACCUCGCCUCAUUGACAUCCGCCAACCGUCCUUCACCCAGCAACCUACAAAGAACCUGAGAACUGUUAAUAAAGAAAUCACUAUAUUUUUUUAAGGAGGCCAGCUAUUUCUACUGUAUGUCUAACCCACAAUUCGUGAGUUUAUUUUUUUAACAAGCGUUUACAUUCUGCAUAUUUUUCGGGACACUACUUACAAUGCUUAACCAACAACCUUGUAGAGCGUAGAUGAGCUUAGCUAGACUCAGACCUGUCUUGAUUUUAUUGGUCCAGCACAUGCUUACGAUUUCCUUACUACACAAUACCAGCGAACACAUACGUUACUUUCUGUCAUUACGCUACGGAAAUAUGACUGCGAUGGUUACGGGUUACCAGCAACUAGACUGUGGAUCAUUUACAUCACUAUCCGUUCGCUAGUUGGCCACAGUAGUAGUAAACCAGCAACGAUCGUUGGACAGUCGAGUGCAGCCUUCAAUUAUUUAAGCCGCCAUUUGUAACCAUGUCUCAUAGUUCCUCUUCACAAAGUACAGUC